CCCACGAGCGCAGCACAUCAGCAGCCGCGCGCCUUCGAGCGCAGUCAAAUGACGCCUCUCCAGAGAAUCACGGGGACCAGUCCGACCCUCCGACCUGCUGAUGUUAAUUAGGGCAGAAAACGCUUCCCUGAUAAAGAAGUCUCUUUCGUUGUUACGAUUCUGUGCGCUAUGUUUUUUUUUUUUUUAUCUGUGAAUAAUGUGGACGUAUAGGAAGACAUUGUGCUUAGUUGUGCAUGGAACAUGAAUAUUCUUAUAACAGACUGACAGCAAAAAGAUUCAUCAUAAGGCUGGGGUCGUAAAACAACAGGCAUUCCCUCUAAAUAUGACCACCAGUGGCUUUAACGUACUGCAAUAAGAACAGUAACAUAUCUGGGAGCUGUUUAUCAUCUCUUCAGUUGGACAAGAGACUGAGGUGACUCACUGCAUGCUGAUCACCAACUUCAGAAUUGUCCCAGAUCUGUGCAUCAUGAGCAGUUCUCUCUACGAACCCAGCUGGGACGUGGACCUGGCGCCCCUUCUGUCCUGUAAACUGUGCCUGGGAGAGUUUCCCCUGGAACAGAUGACCACCAUCUCCCAGUGCCAGUGCAUAUUUUGCAGUCUGUGUUUGAAGCAAUAUGUUGAACUCCUCAUUAAAGAAGGCCUUGAAACAGUUAUUAGCUGUCCAGACUCUGCCUGCCCAAAACUGGGACAUUUGCUGGAAAACGAAAUUGAGUCUAUGGUGGCUAACGAUAUCAUGCAGCGUUAUAAGAGACUCCAAUUUGAGCGAGAGGUGCUUCUGGAUCCUUGUCGGACUUGGUGCCCAUCAUCUUCAUGCCAAUCCGUGUGCCAGCUGAAUGAAUCGGAGGUGCAGUUGCCGCAGCCGGUGCAGUGUCCUCAGUGCAGUCUGCGUUUCUGCUCCGCCUGCAAGGCAGACUGCCCCACCGGCCACACGUGUCAGGAGAGCGUGCCAAUUACCACCUUCCUGCCUGGGGAAAACGGCUCCAAUUUCAAGAGUGAGGGGGACGAGGCUCCGAUCAAACGCUGUCCUAAAUGUAAAGUGUACAUUGAGAGAGAUGAAGGCUGUGCCCAGAUGAUGUGUAAGAACUGCAAGCACGCCUUCUGCUGGUACUGCUUGGAGUCAUUAGAUGAUGACUUCUUACUGAUCCAUUAUGAUAAAGGACCAUGCCGGAACAAACUGGGUCAUUCCAGAGCCUCCGUCAUCUGGCAUCGUACACAGGUUGUUGGGAUUUUUGCUGGCUUCGGUCUGCUGUUGCUAGUGGCCUCCCCUUUCCUUUUGCUGGCCACCCCUUUCGUGCUUUGCUGCAAGUGCAAGUGUAAACGCGGCGACGAUGACACUCUUCCCACCUAGAGCUCCGAUUCAGCUUCAGGAGUUGACUUUCCUCUCAUUUGACAGAGGAUCGGCUGUGAUCCUGUCUUGUUCUCCUGAGCACACUUUGCAGGUGCAUUGGUUAAAGUCUUAUCUGGUCCGUGAGAUUGCACUUUUGUAUAUGUUGACUUGCAUUGAAAGGUGUAACAGAGGAGCAGAAAAGCUGAGAAGCUGAACUGGAUGAGCCACUGGAGUCAAGCAGAUCUGUAGUGUUUGGAAGCAAACACUUUUGUUUAGUUUUUUUGUUCCAUUGUCUUGUAUCUUUUCUCAGCAUCACUUUUUCUUCACUUUAUUUGGUAUUAAAGUUGACUAAGCAAUUUUUUGAUGUUGUUUAUCCUGAGAUAUAACAAACACACUUGACAGGAAUACAUUUCUUAGCAGUGCUUUCAUAAUUUUCUUGUAGCAUAGUCACAUAACCUCAAUAUCUCCGCCGUGUUUUUUUUUUGUGUGUGUGUGUGUUUUUUCUGUCUAAUUGCGUAUACAUGCUGUAGGCCGAGGAUGUUUCACUUCUGUACCUCCAGCAGAGGAUCUAAUCACUCUGCCACUUGCUUCUACAGUAUAUGCUUAAGCUCUUUCUUAGGACAGUAAAACAUUGUUCUUCCAUUGAAUCUGCUCAGAUACUGUAUACGCACCAUAGAUGUAGCAGACAUGUCACCUGAUGCCUUCUCAAAGCUUGUAGGCUUGGGUGUUGCUGAAAGAUUUUCUGUUAUCCUGGUAUCAGACAGCUGGUCAAAUAUCAAUCACUGUUUAUAACCGAGCUGUCACAAAUGUUAUUCACUUUGCGAAUGAUGUCAUCUACAGAUACAUUUUGUUGUCAUAACAAACGAUGGCUUUUAUUUCCAACCCAGACGAGUCUUAUCCAAAACCUGUUGAAGAUCCAAAUACAACCUGCAUUACCAUGUGCCUGCCAAUUUAGGUCAGAGUAAUCAGGCCAGUGAGGCUUAACUUCUUUCUUUUCAGGUCACUCUAGAAGUUGUGUAUUUGUUUAAUUUAUUUUUUGAAGUAAUACUUUUGGGAACAGUUCGCCAAAUGUAAUGUGUAAGCCCACAUGUUCAUUGUCUAGCACAUUAAUAACUGGUUGAUGACUAGGGCACAUCUAGUUUUUGUUCUUGUUCUUUGUUAAAUAUGCCUUUUAUUUUUGUAUGUCUUUAUUUUUAUUUAUUUUUUUACUUUUUGUAACGAACUGUAUGUGUGUAUUCACAUGUUUUUCACAUUUAAAUAUAUUAUUAUGCUGCAA